GUACAGCUGUUCAGAAAUUAAAGACGAUUACCGCGCACCACCGACUGCGAUAGCAGAAAACGAUUGGAAGCAGGCUACGUAGCUGCGCAAUAUGAGCUGCCCGGUGCUAUCUCUCAGACUUUGCGACAACCGCUGACAGCAACACCAUGUCACGACGCCCUCCACACCGGCCUGGCGCCAAUGGCUCGGGAGGAUACACGAACGGAUACUACGAUGAGGGCACUGCUAGACAGUACGAGCAGCCAGACAGCGAGGCGCCUCCCCAGAAUAGACCCGAUCAGAAUCGAGACCGACGUGCUGGUGGCUACGGGGGCUUCAACCGUAACCCUUCCCCGGAGGACCCUGCUGUGGCCAGGCCAACCAGCCUGGAGCGGACCCAAGCACAUCGAAGGAGCGGGGACAGGCAAUGGGGCAAUCGCAGUCGGAGCAGGAGUCGUCCAGGCGGUGGCCGUUCGGCUGACCAGCAGAUUCAGGACGUCCUAGAGUAUAUAAAACGAGACUGGGAGUUCAUGACCGACGACAAAUGCGUGCCUGUGCAGAUCUCCCUCAAGUUGCUUGACUCCAGCUCCCUUGGUCUUGCUAGCCGAUACGACAUGUUUCGGGAGACACAUCAACGGCUGCAAAGCUCAUUGAAGGCAAUAGUGAAUGAGCAUCAUCAGGGCUUCAACAGCUCCAUCGGCACAUUCCAUAAGAUUCAGUCGAGCCUGCAGAUGUCACAAACUCGCGUUAGAACCCUCAAAGCCUCCCUCAUCCAGGCCAAGUCGCACUUGUCGACGACGAAGCCAGAGCUGAAGGACUAUGCGACCUCGUCUCAAAAUUACGAUGGCAUGAUACAGGUGCUGAACACAAUUGAGCAAUUACAAGUUGUUCCCGGGAAACUGGAGGCCCGAAUAUCAGAAAAGCGAUUCCUCACAGCCGUAGAGAUCUUACAGGAUGCUUUAAAAAUGAUUCGCAAGUCAGAGAUGGAGGGCAUCGGGGCACUCAGUGACCUACGUAUAUAUCUUAGCAAUCAAGAACAUUCUUUGACCGAUAUCUUGAUUGAAGAGCUGCACAGCCACCUCUACCUCAAAUCGCCAUACUGUGAAGACCGCUGGAAGGUCUACUCACACAACCAAGCCAAGACGGAAUCGGCCAGCGGGGCCCCCAUUAUUGAUUCGCAAGGCCGGUCCCUCUAUAACUUUCUCGACGCUUUGGACACCUCUGCGGCAAUGACAGACGAUUCAUCGCGCAACCCCGAAGCUGAUACCUUUCAUUAUAUCCAACUCAUAGUAGAAGCGUUGAACAAGAUGAAUCGCCUUGAAAUUGCGAUCGACACCAUUGAACAACGCUUGCCCGUUGAAUUAUUCAAGGUCGUAGAGAAAUCGAACAACGAAGUCGCACAGCGUCACCCAAGCACACUUCGUGCAUAUGCGAACAAGGCCCGUGGGAAGGCAGAUGUCAUCAUCGAGAGCGAUACGGCCCGAACAACGUUGCUGAAUGAUCUUCUUUGGACAUUAUAUGCAAGGUUCGAAGCUAUCGCAGAGGGCCAUCGCGUUGUUCAUGAUGUUGUAGCUGGAAUAUCACGCCGCGAAGGAUUCCACGAUGCCGGUACCUUGACGAGAGGCUUCAAGGAACUGUGGAAGCUUUACCAAAGCGAGAUGCGCUCUCUUCUGCAUGACUAUCUCGCAACGGAUGGAGAUCUUGCCUACCGAUCUGGCCAAGGCCAGACUUCUAGUGGCAGUGUUUUUCAGAAGAAUCCACGUGAUCGGUCAAAGAGGAUGUUUAAACUAUCCGACAUGGACGUCAAGUCGACGGAGCUGGCUACGGAAAGAGAUGAUCUUGAGUUCAUUCUGAAGUCUUCCGUUCCUGGGCUGGUAUCUGAUUCGAAAAGGCCAGACGGGAUCUCUGACGCUAAUAACAGUACGAUGCAUGAUGGCAGUGCUACAGGGCACAAAUUGCUCGUUGAGCCGAGCGUUUUCAACAUGGGAAUUCUUCUUCCUCCGUCUCUAGACUUCCUCAAUCGCCUGAAGGAAGUUGUCCCACCGAGCUCAGACAUAGUCAUGAGUACUUUGACAUCAUUCUUAGAUGACUUCCUGGUGAACGUAUUCCACCCGCAACUAGAUGAGACGCUUGUCGAUCUAUGCGCACAAACCUUCAUCGAGCUAGACGCCUUCCAGCAGGAAGGACAUUGGGCACAACACUCAAAGAAGCCGAUCUUCCAGGGUGCUAUCAAAUUCUUCGCGCUGAUUACCGCCUUCUGCAAAAUGCUGGACAAUCUGCCUCAUGAUCAAGCCUUCAGCCAACUGAUCAUCACUCAAAUGGUCACAUAUUAUGACAAGUGCUGCGGCUGGUACAAAGCCUUGGUCACUAGAAGUCAGGCCAAGGCGCAAACAGGAAGGCGACUCAAGGCGUCCGCAUCAUUUGCAGAGAAUGGAGAACUUUCAGAGAUAGUCUCCUCUCUGUUCUCUGUUCCUACCCAGGAACGUCUGGAGAAGGAAAUCUCUCUCCUUAUUUCUGAGACGGACACAGAACCGCUCGAGGAAUACGAUCUGAUCCUGGAUAGGAAAAACAUUGCUAGCCUUUGUUUACUACACACCAGCAUGAAGUGGCUAGCAAGCAAGGUCGCCCACUUACGACUAAUCAGCGACCGAGCCACCGACUCUUCACGGCGAGAGUCUGGCAAACCCAAGCACAAUCGACGCUGGACAAUGGUCCAGUCAACCGAGCCUCGCUCCGAAGGAGCAGCCGUCUACCUUCCCCUCAAUGAAGAAACCGCAACUGAAUUCGACAGCGUCGUGAACUCUUACCAACAGCUCGCCGCAACAGUCCUGCGCUGUCUGCACCUUGAAAUCCGCUGCCGCGUCCUACACCAGCUCCGCCUCUCCAUCAAAGAAGACUACCUCCUCGAACAAGUCGUCAACGACCCCGACCCCGACAUAAUCAGUCUGAACGGCGACCUCGUCGUAUUCGAUGAGGAGGUUUCCAACCACUUGCCCGAUACGCAACACCUCCUCAUAACCACCCACCUCGCCACCUUAAUGGAUACGGCGCUUCUACACCUCUCCUCUCACAACAUCAAGCGCAUGAACGCCGCCGGCUGCGGCCGCAUGCAGCUCAACAUCCUAGUCCUCCAGCAAAACCUGAAGAACAUCGAGGCUCUCGCCCUCCUACCCCGCUCCGCCGCCUACUUCGACUUCUUCACCGCGGGGCCGGACGCGAUCAUCAAGCGUGCGAAGGAGACAAACAACGAAGAGCUAGGGUAUAGUUACGAGGAACUGAAGGGGCUGGUCGAGCUGUGCUACUCGGAGGCGCUGGGGAGCGAACGGCGCGAGGUGGCGAUGCAGGCGAAGCGCGCAGAGGGGGAUUGUUUGUUGCAGCUGAGUGAGGUUAUGUGGGCGAAUUAAAAGCGAGGUGACGACACGGGAACGAUUGCGGGGGGGAAGUAUCGAGUGGGGAUUGUAUGCGCGAGAUUUGCAGAUGGGUGUGUACGAGUAGUGCCGGUGCCGAUGAUGGUGAUUACUUAUCAGAAAUGUGUGCUACCGAAUCCGGGAAACGCAUCACAAUACUGCCAGCUGUGCCUCCUGACUACCCCACUGUCGCUCCAUACGCGCCCUCCCUCCUGCGGCUGGUCUCGUCGGACCACCAGCGCUCGCUGCGAGGAGCUCUCCCAUAGGACCCUCGCUACCUAGAAAGAGUGUCAGGAUCAGGCGACGUCUCUAUCUACCACCACAGCGGGUGCAGUGCUCGUGCGUUGGGGUUUAGUUGCUCUGCACUACCACCUCCGCGGAGAGCGG